AUGGAGAGGCAGGAGAAGAGCGUCGACUCCGGCGAAUUCCCCGCGCUGCGCCGGAUCGUGUGUGAACAGGGGCUGCUGUCCCGUGCCGAUGGCUCCGCUUCCUGGAUACAGGGAGACACAUCUGUCUUAGCUGGUGUCUAUGGACCUACAGAAGUCAAGGUCAGCAAGGAGAUCUAUGACAAAGCUACCCUGGAAGUGCUGCUGAAGCCCAAAAUAGGGCUACCAGGAGUCUUCGAGCGAAGCCGGGAACAGAUGAUCAAGAAGACGUGUGAGGCAGUUGUCUUGGGAACCCUACAUCCCCGUUCCUCUAUCACAAUAGUGCUUCAGGUAGUUACAGAUGCCGGUUCUCUGCUAUCAAGCUGCUUGAAUGCUACUUGCAUGGGCCUAAUGGAUGCAGGCCUGCCCCUGAAUUCCUUGUUCUGUGGCGUGACGUGUGCUUUGGACGCAGAGGGUAUUAUCACCCUGGACCCCACGAUGAAGCAAGAAAAGGAAGCUCGAGCGGUCCUGACGUUUGCUAUAGACAGCCCUGAGAAGAAGGUAUUGAUGUCCAGCACCAAGGGCACAUGCUCUGUGGAAGAGCUCCAGCAGUGCAUUGCUGCUUCACAACGAGCCGCCAACACCAUCUUCCAGUUUUACCGGGAUUCUGCUCACAGGAAGUACUCCAAGUGGUGA